AGGGAAACGACGACCGACAUCAAUCAACAACUCUAUAGAGAAGAAGACGAAGAAUAUAAGAGAUAUAGAAACUACGACGUUCGACAUUGCUCUUUUCGCUCCUACCUCCAUUGACAGCCAGUCUACGCUGUGGAAGAGCUCCUGCUCCCGUCUUCAUCAAAUCAAGGAUCAUAUUAUACACCCUACUGGCUUCAACUUCACACCUCCAAACGCUCUACCUGGCCACGAAAGUCGAUUUUAGCUGGAUCGGGCUUUCCAAAAUGAACGGAUGCAAUCGCGUGUAGUUUACGGCAAUGUCUACGGCAAUUGUACCAAUGUACGACGCCGACAGGUUGCAAGCGCCUUGACAUUCGGCGAACUUCGCCCAACAUGCAUUUCAGCGAGGCGUGCCAUCCCGCGGGGGGGUGACCAAGCCAUUCGAUGGGCGUCGCUUUCCUCAGCCGAUGCGGUGAAGGUGGCGCAUCAGUCAGUGGCGUACGAGCAGCCUCUUGUAGAAGCCAGACAAUUGCAGCCAAUUACUAGGCCGUCUUCGGAUUAUAGACCCUCGACACCUGACGCACGAUCUGUCUCUCCAACGCAACAAUCAACGACGGAGGUAGCCUCCAAAUCCCGCGCAAGGAGAAACAGAGGCCCGACCUCAAGGGCCAUUGUAGCCUCCAAAUUCCGCACAAAUAGAGCGCCGAACUCGAUGGCAACCGCAGAGAGAAACAGAGCUCCAAUUUCAAGGGCAGCUGAAGCCUCCAACCUACGCGCAAAGAAGAACAGAGCCCCGAACUCAGCAAACUACAACCCGGUUUCGCUUGACGUCAAGAAGGAUAACAGUGGCCUAGAACACACCUCCGUCCAAAGUGUCUCUUUGCUGCAUUCUUCAAAAAGACCAAAUCGCCAGGUCAUCGUCACGCCUCGCAGCAACAGGCAACUCAAAAGUCAACGCCCCUCUCCCGGCCGAAUAAUAACUGCGUGGCAAUCUGGGACUGUAGACUUUCUAUCUGGCGAGCAUGUUCAGGCGUGGUCGAAGACGGAUGCAUUAACAAGCAUAUUCGUACGGUAUAUGAAGUAUAUGGAGUCGCCAUAUUUACCACAACUUUCUCAGGCCAACCCUGAUCAACUGGAAAGUCUGUUAAGACCGUCUGCGCCCUUUUUUACUGAGGAUAUCACGGCCAGCCUUCAAAAACACGGAUGCACACCUCAGGAUGUACGAGGAUGGGCUUGGAUUGUCCUAGCGCCCAAUGCGCAAGUUGCUGCUCAACGAUACCUUUCAGCGGAUACCACCUUUCCUCCGGUUGCAAUCCUCACCAACAUCCUGCGCAUGAAGAAGAUGCAUAUCAAAAUUCUGCGAAAAUUGGUUUUUAGAGUUGCGACUUUGCUAACCAAAAUCUCCAACUCUCCGACCAGCAAGAAUCGUGGUAUACUGGAGGACAACUCGUUUCAGACGGUGGUCUGUGGCCUUCUGAGGCAUGCUCGGGAAAUCGAUCCGCUUUCGUUCACGGGCAUUGCCCGCUUGGUUAGCCAGUACUGUGGUAUUGUUACAUGCAUUUCAGACGAGGCUCGAGGUUUUGGUGGGAAGGAGUACACCAGGCUGACCAACAUCUGUCGAACUGUCAUCUGCCGGCUCUCAAUACCCGCGGCCAAGUCUCCGUAUGCGUCAAUGGGGUAUGCUUGGGAGGCCCAGCAGGUCAUCCUCGAGGCAGGGAACUCGCUCCAGCCAGCACUAGAGCUGGACGCCAGAAGCUACUGUGCUAUAGCUUGUGUGCUACUUGCCGGCAAGAAGACUGAGGCGGAGGCUGAAGCGGUCGCGCAUCUGCAUCGGUCGUGGCCUCCUUGGAAGAAGGUCUUGGAUGGAAUGGAUGCGCGCCGGCAGCCAGAGGACGAUGCAUCCCGAGCAACUCGCGUUCUUGAGAAUAUGAAGGCAGCAGGGUAUCCCCCGACAUCGUUCGAGAAUGCCAUAAGCAUUCUCGCAGGACGGGAUACUGACGGCACUCCGGCGAUUCCUACGCGAACAAUUAUGAGUCUUGUCCGGCAAAAAUUAUCGAAGGAUAUCAAACACAACAAAUCCCUCCAACCCGCUCACAAACGUCCAUCAAACCUUGCUGGCAAACAACGCUCCAAACCCAUCCAGAACAGCCCCUCCGAACCCGCCCCCACAAGCCCCCUCAAAUAUGCCGACGAAAGCACCUCCGCAUCCGACGGCAACAGCUCCGCCGGCAAAAGCCCCGCGGAAUGGGCUGCGCGCAUCCGCGCAACUCGCGACGUACAAGAAGCCUGGGCAGCCUUCAGAGCCUACCAGGGCCUACCCUCGCAAGCAAUGUUCCACGAGAUGUUCCUCAAGCUUAUCUACGACAAGGUGAACCGCUUUCGCCCGCGCAUGCACCACCCCACCGUGGGCGACGGGCUUGAGGUCUUCCCGGUCGAGAACGACAACUUCAGCGAUUUUGAGAUUGAGCGCAAGGCCCCGCCGGACGUCAGGGGACUAUACGAGCUCAUGAGGGCGGCGCAGCUAACAGCAGCUGAGCGAACGCUCCGUCACCUCCUCACGCAAGCCGACUCACUCAGCUGGGCGCUCCGCCUCCUCCUCGACUCCGGCAUCCCCAGCGACGCCGUAAGUGCGCUCGUCCGAGGGAACGAUCGGAAGUGGCGAAACAAAGUCUCGCCCGCCUCGCCCAACCCCCUCAAACAAACGGAACCCGCCCUCGCCCGCGUGCCCCCCGGCAUCUUCACAGCACACAUCAAGCUCCUCGCCCGCCUCUCCCUCGCCACCCCCCACCCCAAACACCCCCCUCCAACAACACACCUCCACACCAUCCUCGCGCUCCUCAAAGCUCAUCCCUCCCCCCCAGAUUCAGCAUGGCACGCCUUUCUCCGCGCCGCAGCGGCGCCGAAAACCCUCGCGCAGCCAAACAACAGCUCCCCCGACACCGCGCUCCUACGCACAUACAACCAUAGAGUUGCGCCGUACUGGAACGCCGUCGUCCGGGAGACGGUCGCGCAUCUAAGGGACGCGGGCGGGGAGGUGAGCCCAGAUAUCUUUCAAUACGCUGCGUAUGCUUUAUACUCCACCAUCUUCGCUGCGCGUCGUCGCGGCGUCGUCGGUGCGAGCGAGGAGGCGGAGAAGAGUCUCCCUACGCUCCAUGACCUGUGGGAUGCGAUGGCGGAACCGUCGGAGGAUGUAGGUGGCGUGGGGGGGGAAUUGGUGCAUCAGGUUAUGGGAGUGCAUAUUUUAUCGUACAUACGCGUCCUCGCUGUCGCAGACUGCGACGCGGAGAUCGAACGGGUGCUCGCGUGGGUGGUGCGCUACCAGGCUGCGCUAGGAGUGGUGGGACGGACGAGGGGGAAUGGGGUGGCGAGUUUGAGGAGGGUGGUUGUUGCUGUGUGUGCGUAUUCUGAGAGGAGGGAUGCGGAACGAGAGCGCGAUGGCUGGAGUGAGGAUGGAGAUAAAGGGAUGACGCAGCGUUUAAUGGCGCUGGCGGAGGAGAUUGAAGAUCAGUGGGGAGGAUGGCCGGGGGAGGGGGAGGUGAGUGAGUAUUUUAGGGAGGGGAAGGAGAGGUAUGGUGGGGAUUUUGGGGAGGGGGAGUGGGUUGUUGGGGGGUUGGUGGGGUAG